GACAUGGUAUCCGCAUCCAUCCAUCGCCCACCACUCCCCGGCACCUUCCAUCCUCCUCCUCCUCCUCCCUAUCCAUGGCGACGGCCGCCACCUCAUCGGCCACCCGCUUCGCAACCGUCUCGUCCACCGCCGCCCUCCACGGCUUGCGGUCGCGGUCCUCCUCUACAUGCCACCGAGCCUCCUUCUUCCUACCCGGGAGGCCGAGACCCAUCUCGCUCAUCUCCCAGAGGCGCUUCGUCGCCCCCUCGGCCCUCCUCAAGUCCGAUCUGCGGGUCAAGGAGGAUGGGCAGCCGGAAACCCUCGACUACCGGGUCUUCUUCCUCGACGGAUCCGGGAAGAAGGUAUCGCCGUGGCACGAUGUUCCCUUGCACUUAGGCGACGGCGUCUACAACUUCAUCGUGGAGAUCCCCAAGGAGACGAGCGCGAAGAUGGAAGUCGCCACCGAUGAGGCGUACACGCCUAUAAAGCAGGACACGAAGAAGGGCAAGCUCCGAUUUUAUCCGUACAACAUAAACUGGAAUUAUGGGUUGCUUCCUCAGACGUGGGAAGACCCAUCUUUUGCCAAUGCAGAAGUUGAAGGGGCAUUUGGGGAUAAUGAUCCAGUUGAUAUUGUAGAAAUAGGUGAAAGGCGUGCUAACAUUGGUGAUAUUCUCAAAGUGAAGCCUUUAGCAGCUUUAGCUAUGAUUGAUGAAGGAGAGCUUGACUGGAAGAUUGUUGCUAUCUCUUUGGAUGAUCCUCGAGCUUCACUUGUCAAUGAUGCAGAUGAUGUUGAGAAACAUUUCCCAGGGACCCUUACUGCUAUAAGAGAUUGGUUCAGAGACUAUAAGAUUCCAGACGGAAAGCCUGCCAAUAAAUUUGGUCUUGGCAAUAAGGCUGCAAACAAGGAUUAUGCAUUGAAGGUUAUUAGGGAGACAAAUGAAUCAUGGGCGAAAUUGAUGAAAAGAUCGGCUCCUGCAGGAGAUCUUUCACUCGUAUGAUUAUGAUUUUUAAUUAUUCAAGGAUAGUGAGAAGAAAGACUUGUCAGUGAAUUGUUCAAUUUUGUUUUUUUGGAUAUCUAUUAAUCAUGCAAAACCGAAGUAUGGCGUGACUCAUUUGAUUUAUAACUAGCGAAUUUGCUCGA